ACUUUCCGGGCGGGUUAAGAUGAGCGAUCCGCAGAAGAAGAGGAACUUCCAGAUAGAGGCGUUCAAGCACAAGAAGGUGGUGGAUCCCAAGUACGCCGACAAGACGUGGAAGAUCCUGGAGCACGCUAUCCACGAGAUUUACAAUGACAAUGCCAGUAGCAUCCGCUUUGAAGACCUCUACAGGCUCGCUCUAUCUCUUUCUCUCUUGAAAUUUCUCUCGCCUUUUUGAUGUAUCUGUCCAUUCUGGUUCUGUCAUGAGAGUGUGUGUGUGUGUGUGUUUUUUGUCUUUUGUGCGCCUAAUGCUGUGCCGUGUCCCGUCUCUGUAUCUGAUGUUCGUCUUGUGACUCCGACACUUAACUAAUCUGACCAGUUCAUCGGUUGAUCGAACGAUCGUGGCUGUCCUCGUUUAUAUUUUCAAGCCCUUCAUGUCCUAUUACUGUAGACAAGUGUUUUUGCUCGUUGAUGCAAUAUUGACUUUGUUUUUACUCGUUUAUUUGACCUUUGGUUGUUCUUCAUGGUGUCUUUUUCCUUGGUUAGACGUAUGUAAAAAAUAAGCUUCUUAGAACAGAGCUAUGUUCUUCAUUUGUUUUAGCUGUUCUGUUGGGGAAGUACUUCUUUGGUUUACGAUACACUGAGUUGCACUUGGAAAGGAGGUAUGGAUUUCGUCGUGUUAUCUUUUAUUGAGUACGAUUAGCAAAGAUAUUUUCAGUCGAGGCUGCGGCCAUCUGAUUGGAUUAAGAAACUCCCUUUUGUAUGGGUCCAAUGCCGAUCGGUUUGGUGUUGUUUCGUAAUAAGCAUCAAGGUGCUAAUUCAUCUGCGGCCCUUCCUCUUUUAUGUGUCGGUAUUGAGUUGCGUUUUCUGUGGGUGACAGUCGUAGAGUUGUGAGAUCAUAAUGUUUUGAUGUUUCUUCAUAUAUAGGCACGCCUUCAACAUGGUUCUGCACAAGUUUGGUGAGAAGCUGUACUCUGGAUUGGCGAAAACCAUGACUGCUCACCUUGAGGAAAUAUCGAAAUCCAUUGAAGAUGCCCAAGGAGCCUUGUUUUACAAAGGCGAAUCCCAGAAGUUUAUCGAGUGUUGCGAUUCUGGCGAGUAUCUGAAGGAUGCUGAGAGGCGUCGAAAUGAAGAAAUGGAGAGGGUAACACACUCAUUGGACGCCAAGAGUGAAGUUAAGAUUACAAAUGCCGUGGAGAAGGAGAUGAUGGCAAAUAACAUGCUGAAAUUGGUGCACAUGGAGAAUUCGGGCUUGGUGAGCAUGCUUUGUGACAAUAAGUAUGAAGACUUAGGAAGGAUGUACAACUUGUUUCGUCGGGUCCCCAAUGGUCUCUCGACUGUUCGAGACGUGAUGACUUCUCAUAUAAGGGACAUUGGCAAGCAGUUUAUUACUGAUCCCGAGAGGUUGAAAGACCCGGUUGAGUUUGUUCAGUGGCUAUUGGAUGAAAAGGAUAAGUAUGAUAAGAUCAUAAGUUCUGCGUUUAACAACGAUCAGACGUUCCAGAAUGCUUUGAAUUCAUCCUUUGAAUACCUCAUCAACUUGAAUGCUCGUUCUCCCGAAUUCAUUUCGUUGUAUGUUGACGAUAAGCUACGCAAAGGCUUGGAGGGCGUCGGCAAGGAGGACAUGGAGGUCAUUCUUGAUAAGGUGGUGAUGUUGUUGCGCUACUUGCGAGAAAAGGAUGCGUUUGAGAAGUAUUAUGAACAGCAUUUGGCGGAAAGGCUUCUGUCCGGAAAAACUGUUUCUGAUGGCGCAGAGAGGAGUCUCGUUGCUAAGCUCAAGACUGAAUGUGGAUGUCAAUUCACUUCAAUGUAGGGGCUCGACGGAAGCCAAUGAGCUCACGCCUACUGCUGUCCCUCGCCCAAGACAAUGUGUUGACGAGUGUGUUUUUCGAAGCGUUUGUUUGUUUAGAGAAUGAAAGUAUCAAUUUUCAAAAUACUAAUCAUGCACGACGCACUUCACAAUGAAAGUUAAAAGUAUGGGAAAUCAUAGCAUGGACUUCACUUAGUUUUGGCUUGUUAAAUCGAAUCCUUGUAAUAUACGUUGUCUCU